AUGGAGCUCACUUGGCUUGCCGAUAGUCCUCAGUCGCGGAGUAGGACUCGAGCUCUGCGAGCCUGUCCUGCCUGCCAGCGGAGAAAGAAACGAUGUCGGCAUCUGACCGCCAACCCGGACAUUGUGAAUGAUCAAUUUUCCCACAGAUCUAGAGGUGGUGUCUCAAGCACGUUCACUGUCGAUGAUACAGGUCACCGGCCUUCUCAUUCCUAUGCCCCGGUCCGGAUGAGAACUGCAUCUGCGGAUGCGGCCUUGCCAUCAUUUCCCCUCACAGAAAGAUUUGUUGGUGAUCUAAACCCGGAAGCUGUUAUUCGAGAAAGACUAGAUGAGCCUAUUGGCAAUCCUCUUCGAGGCCGCAUUGGGCUCUGGAUCAACUCGCCAACCCCAGAGAAUGCCGGUAGCGCGAGAAAUAAGCGUCAGACCGCUGGCUCGGAGCCUCUACCUGGUGGACUGCCCCAGUCAGCCCUUGGCGGUACCUCGAUAGCAUCGGUUCUGCAUCAACGUUAUACAUCUGCAUUGCAAGCGUGUGGCCCCCUUCCACUCGUAACGCGCGAGCCAUUAACGGUUAUCUAUUUCUCAAAGGUAAAUCACAUCAUUCCACUCCUCGAAAGGGAUGCCUUCCUACAAAAUCAGGCGGAAGGCUUAACCUCGGUCUUUCUCGAGAGAGCCAUCUGCCUUGUUGCUGCCAAAGACGCUGCUGCUAGUUCUCACCUACACCUAACGGAGGGUGGGCUACUGCAGACCCCGCGUCAAUUCUGUAGUGAGGUUUACAAGGGACUUGUCGCUGCCAUGGAUGCAGACUUGGAGACAGAUCGCUUGACUCGCAUUCGUAUACUGGCAUUGAUGUCUCUACACUGUGAAGGAUAUGAAGGAGCCGAGGCGGCUUCACUUCACCUCUGCCAGGCAAUCCAUCAGGCUCAAACGGUAGGCUUACACCUUGACCGGCCGGACCGAACAUCUGCAGAGCCCCUUGCCGAGUUUUUUUGGUGCUUGUGGACGUUGGACAAGAUGCAUGCAAGCAUAGGCGGGCGUCCGGUGCUCCUGGCCGACCGGGAUAUUGGAGUUGCAAAACCAAAUACCCAAACCCAGAACUGCGGCGCAUUUGAGGUAUGGUUGGCCAUCUCCGACCUUCUUGCAACUGUCAUUUCCUUUUACCGGCCCUCUACGGGUACCACGAGCGGGUGGGAAGAGGGGUUUCCUGCCUUUGAAGAUAUCGUGGGAGAAAACGCCCAAGGAGAUCUAGACUAUGCGACUCUAGGUAUUCUGGAGCUAUAUUAUCACUGCGUGGCAAUUUUGUCCUGUCGGUAUAAACUGACCGAGGGCCUUGACAGCAGUAAAGUCUCGUCUAUCCGACAAGGUCUUGCAGCCAUUCGCAUUCAUUCCAUCGUCGCAUCGGAAUGUAGAAGCAAUCUACCACCUCUUCCGAUUGUACCCUACGCAGUCACAUUAUCUAUGGGCGUCUCCUACCGACAGCUCCGGUCCAGCAAGCUAGUCACUCAUUUAGACCGAGCCAAGGCCAGCCUGGAAGCAUGCUGUUCACUGCUGGAGGACCUCAGUCCACAAUGGUAUUCUGCCGAGGCAAUGGCUCGCCUGGGAAGGAAAGCAUUGCACCAGAUUGACUAUGAGCAUCAGCGGCAUCCUGCGUCAGACCUCUCGGCCUCGCAACCUCCUACCAGCACGGCUCUGGCCGGUUCGAUAGCCGCUGAAUUCUCGAAUGCGAAUGCGAAUGCGAAUGAGGGUCCAAUUCAUGGAGGAACCGAGAAGGAAUCGGUUAUGGCACCUAUGGGAUCCGGCCCCGAUCUGCCGAUGGAGAGCCCCCUAGCAGCGAUGGGCGCGCUAGAUACCUCGAUGAAUGGAUUCGCAGAUAUCGACACAUUAUUUGGAGAGUUCCUGGACUUGUCCUUGCCGACGAAUUUUUGGGAUCCCAUUUUUGCCGAUGAAGAGCAGAGGGAGGUUCAGUGA